AUGACCGCCUCAACGGGCGCACAACCGGCCACCACCGCCUAUGGGAAUAAAAGACGAGUAUCCUUUGUGAUACGAGAAACCGAAGAGAAACGCCCGCGCUCGUUCAUCAAUUGCCUGCAAUGGGAUCCGUCGACGAGUCGGCUGUUCACCGCCGGCGCAGACACGAUUAUCAGAACGUGGAGAACCCCGCGCGAGAUGUCCUCCUCUUCAACGACUCCCGAAGCGCAGUACCUUGUCUCGAUGGAACAUCACACGGAUUGGGUGAACGACAUGGUGCUGUGUUGUGGCGGGAAAUACCUCCUAUCCGCCUCGAAUGACACGACGGUGAAAGUAUGGAAUGCGACGAAGAACUUCUGCAUGUCGACUCUGCGCACGCACACCGAUUACGUUUCCUCAUUAGCGUAUGCCCGCGAGCAGGAAAGAGCCGCAUCGGCCGGCUUCGACAAUGCCAUAUUUCUCUGGGAUGUUGGCACAUUGACACGGUUGACAUCGACGAAUAACACAGUGACGACGUCAUCACUGUCUGGGAACAAGAAUAGCAUCUACGCGUUGGCAAUGAACCCGAGUGGCACGGUGAUUGUUUCAGGGUCAACCGAGAAGAUUUUGCGAGUGUGGGAUCCGAGAACAUGCCAAAAAUUGCUGAAAUUGCGCGGGCAUACAGAUAAUAUUCGAUCAAUAGCAGUGAGUUCUGACGGGAAACAGUGCGUGUCCGGGUCUUCGGAUGGAACGUUUCGUUUAUGGGAUUUAGGGAUGCAGAGAACCAUUUGGACGUCAAAUCUGCAUCAUGAGGGUGUAUGGGCGAUGCAGGUGGAUGCUGGCUGGAAUCAUGUCUAUUCGGGUGGACGAGAUAAACGCGUCUAUCGAACGGCGAUCAACAAUCACUCGAAUUGGCAAUUGUUGUUGACCGAAGAGGCGCCAGUUAAACAACUUUUACUUAUCGAACCCGAGCAACCAAGACAUUUGUGGGUGGCCACGUGGACAUCAACGGUUCGGCGAUGGCCAAUUCCUCAAGGAUCAUCUCUAACAAUUUCUGACGUUGACUCAAAUUAUGACCUCCGUUUUGAGGACCCAAAACCAUUAAUACCAAAAGAGGACAUGGUCGUCUCAGGCGCUCCAUCACUACGUCAACACAUCGUGCUCAACGACAAGCGUCACGUUGUCACUCGAGACUCCAUCGGCAACAUCGCUUUGUGGGACAUUUUAGCCGCCAAGAAACUCAACGAAUGGGCCGAUCGACCGAUGGAAGAGGUGGUGAAAGAGAACUCGCGAAAGGUUUUCGUCCCAUCGUGGUUCUCGGUGGAUGUGAAGAGUGGAAUGCUGCAGAUAACGCUCGACGAGUCGGAUGUUUUCUCGGCAUGGGUGUCGGCAAAAGAUGCUGGGAUAAACGAUAGUGAUAAUAAAGUGAAUUACGGGGGAAUGUUGUUGAGGGCGCUGUUCGAGAGAUGGCCUGAGUGUGCAAGUGCGCCGGACGAUCCGUCAAUGAUCGGCAAUCCGAAUGUGCCGCCGCAUACACCGUUGAUCAUUUGUGAGGCAGCGACGGGUCGGCCGUUGUUCAGAUUGCUGGUUCGUGAUGCGUGUUGUGAGGCUGAGUCACAACUUUUAUCCGAAAUUCUUCCAAAUUGGGUGCUCGACGUUGUGCAAGCCGGUCAAUUACCGAAAUUCACGAAGAUGCCUUUUUUCUUAUUACCCCACUCAUCUCUCCAACAGAAACAACCAAAGAAAGAUCGAUUGUCGGCCACGGAAAUGCUACAGGUCCGCAAAGUGAUGGAGCAUGUGUACGAGAAAGUGUUACACGGCGGCACCGAGUUCACAUCGAUUGAAACUCCGCCCACUCUAAGCCGUUCGACAAACAUUGAGAGUUGCCUCGAGUUGUAUUGUAAUGAGCAAAAAUUGGACCCAGAGAUGGAUCUCCGCACAGUGAAACAUUUCAUUUGGAAACAAGGAGGCGAUCUCAUUCUUCAUUAUAAAUAUCUUAAA